AUGGAUGGUGAAAAAUCCCAAAACCCGGACGCCCCACGGAACUGCCAGUCCUGCGAUCGGCCCGAUACAGCGGAGAGCGAGAUGGUCCAGUGCAGCGCCUGCAAACUAUGGGAGCACUUCGGAUGUGCUGGAGUCGAUGGGAGCGUGAAACAACCCGACAUAAGGUAUGUCUGUGAGAAGUGCAUGGCCAAGCAGGGACCUUCUACCGGAGGGGCCCUCCAAGUCCCCGGGGACAACAAGACGAAGAAGAAAGCCGCGAAAGGAAGUUCUAGAACAACGUCGAAAAGGGGGAAAACGGCUGCUAAUCCACCGAAGAGUGUCUCGUCCAGUAUCCGGGAGAAGAUAUUGGAUGAAGAGUUAAAGGUCGUCGCGGAAGAGCAGCGGCUGCAAGAAGAAGCACUACAGGAGCAAGAAGAUAUUCGACGGCGCCAGUUGGCCGAAGAGGAACGCCGACUGGAGGAAAAACGGCGACUAGCGCAAGAGGAAAGUGAGAUGCGCGAGCGAAAACUGCAGGAAGAGCUGGAGUUGAAGCGGAAGAAGAUGCAGAUUCGGAAGGAGUCGCUCGAGAAACGCCAGGCUCUCAUCCGAGAAGCGGCGUUGACGAGCAGCAGAAGUGGUUCGGUCCAGGAUUCAAGCGAGAAGGUGAAACAGUGGCUAGAUUUGCAGAACGGUGUUGGAAGAUCCAAAGGAGAACUAGGGACGACGGCAAUGGACAACGACAGCCUGCCAAUCACGAUCCACUAG